UCAGUGAACUUGCCGUAGGCAGUGCAACCUGACAUACCUGGUACUGAACUUUUAUCAAACUCUGAAACCCCAAUCAAACUGAUGUUCAUUCAUACUAACGUCAAAUGUGCAAAGUAUCUACCUACCUACUCUUCCAAAUUGUACGGAACAGCGGGAUCUUCGUACCUACUUUCGAUAUUUAGUUGCUAAUGGAAAUCAGGUGUUAUGGCGCGCGUAAAAGUGGAACAGGGGUUGCUGGAGGGCGCUUGGUGCGAGAAUGCGGAAGGGAAAUACUUCGCGUUCAGAGGAAUACCGUACGCGAAGCCGCCGGUUGGAGAACUACGGUUUAAGGCGCCAUGUGAGCCAGAGCCGUGGGAGGGCGUCCGCGACGCGACGGCGGCCGGGCCCGUGUGCCCGCAGUACAACGAGCGGCUGGACCGCAUGGAGCCGGGCAGCGAGGACUGUCUGCGCCUCAACGUCUACACCACGCGCCUGCCGCCCGCGCCCCCGCGCCCCGUGCUGCUGUGGCUGCACGGCGGCGGCUUCUACACCGGCUCCGGGAACGACGACUUCUACGGACCCGAGUUCAUCGUCGCCCGUGACGUCAUCCUCGUCACCGUCAACUACAGGCUCGAGGUGCUCGGCUUCCUGUGCCUCGACACGCCCGAGGUCCCCGGCAACGCCGGCCUGAAGGACCAAGUCGCGGCCAUGCGCUGGGUCAACAGAAACAUAGCGGCGUUCGGCGGAGACCCGCAGAACAUCACCAUAUUCGGCUGCAGCGCCGGCUCCGCCUCCACUUCCUUACAUUUAGUGUCCAAAAUGAGCGAGGGUCUGUUCAGCAAGGCGAUAUGUCAGAGCGGCGUGUGCCUCAACGAGUGGAGCUACAAUUUGUACGCGCGACAGAGAGCGUUCCAGCUCGGCAAGCAGCUGGGGAAAGACACGGACGACCCGGACGAGCUACUAGAGUUUUUAAGAAGUUUACCUGCUACCUCUUUAACUAAUAUUAAGCUGCCGCCGUUGCCGAAUGUGUUUUACGACUUGUGCGACGGCAUUCUGUUCGGUCCGGUGGUGGAGAAGCCGGAGCCGGGCGCGGAGACGUUUCUCUCUGCUCUGCCGCCGGACGCCGUACGCGCCGGCGUAGCGUCAGUGCCGCUCAUGCUGGGCUACACGUCCGCGGAGGGCAUCGAGACCGCGCGGAACUACCAGCUGCUGCUGCAGUUCCUGGCCACGCCGGGCGCCGUGCUGCCGCGGGAGCUCAAACUACAGUGGCCAAUGGACCGAAUCCAGGAAGCGGACGAAAAGAUUCGCCAGUACUACUUCGACGGUCAGCCGAUAACGCAGAAAAGUGUUCAGCAGAUAGUGAACCUGCACACGGAUGCGAUAUUCGUGUACAACAUCCGUCGGUUCGCGAAGCACGCGAGUCGGAACGCGCCAGUCUUUGUUUACAAGUUCGUGGCGGAGUCGGACCGCAACUACACGAAGCGCAGCUACCACAUGGAUAAGAUCCGCGGCGUGUGCCACGCGGACGAGCUGCACUACCUGUUCCACGUCACGUGCUACGACCUGCCGCUCAGCGACGAGUCGAGAAGGAUCAUAGAACAAACUGUCACGCUUUGGACCAAUUUCGCUAAAACUGGAAAUCCAACACCAGACAGCGACUUGGAGACGUGGUCCCCAUUCACAGAAGCAACACAAAACGUAUACAUCAUCGGAAAAGAUCUGAGAUGUGUGGCCAACGAAGACAUAGACAAUAUGAGGUUCUGGGACCAAAUAUACGGUCAGGCUGAAAUAAUGUGAGCUCGUCUUUAAGACUUCGGGAUUAAUUCAUAUAGCCAUGCCUUGUGCCUGUGCCACAUUGUUAAUUCUUUGUAAGAUGUGCCCUUGUUUUGUUUUGCUAGCAGUAUUUAUUAAUAUUAUAGUUCAUACAGUAUUUUAAUAGGGAUUUUGAAAUUCAAUAAUUUUAUAUUUGCCUUUCAGUCGUACUCAUAGCAUUGUGAGGAGGCAAAUAAAUUAUAAUAAUAAAUUUUAAUAUAUCUCAACAAUUAUAAAUGACUGCGUGAUAGAUACCUACUUAAAGUAGUACUUAAUAAUUAUUAGAAGCUAGUGCUGCCAACUUAAGUCUGGUAGAUCUUACUCAGGAUACUGUGGUGGUGAUCGUUGUUGAGUUGUUGACUGGAGAGCGUGAAUGUCGGGGGCAGAGGAGUUUACUUACAAAGUAUUAUUAAUUCUAUGUCUUCCUACCUUCCUUAUAAAGAAACCAUUGCCUUAGAUCCGAAUUUAUAUAUUAGUGGAUGCCGCCUUUCAUUUAUCUUUGAACAAAAAUAGACAAAUAUUUUCAA